CCCUGAUGUGAAUUGUGCGGUUUCUCUUCGCGGCGAUUGCACAACACUUUCGCUUGCGCACAGAUUUCUUCCCUUUCGGAAUGAUUGCGAUUGAGAAAUGGAGAAGAAGCACAUGAUCGGAGGAACAACAGAGGUCUUAACCGCGAGUGCGCUUGAUUCGUUAUGUUUUUAAUUGGAGAAAACGGUGGUGUGAACCGCAUACCGAAAGAUACAAUGAAUUGAAAAAGACAAUCUGGUAAGCUAACGGACUGGCUAGCGUCCUGUUAUUAUUAUCAGCUGUCUGCUGAUAAUAAGAAAGCUAGCUAGGUAAUUUCCGUUUGUUCAGUUGCCGAGAUUUAGGCGCUGCAGACCUAGACAUCGGAAUAAUGCGGUUUGUAAGUUAGCUAGCAUGCCACAUGCUUUGAUCAGCAAUUUCAGUAGUUAGCUUGCUGCAGCCAAGUAGCUAGAUAGCUCGCAGUAACUGUAACAAUGACAUUAUUUUUGCACGGUCGUCAAUUUCACCACACGUCGCUGUCGACGUGUUCUUAGAAAACUACCUAGCUAGUUUGCUAGCUAAUGGGACAUUGCAUUGUUCUGAGUGGAGAUCAGUGAAAGGCAAGAAGGGUAAAGUCUGUCUAGUCGGUAUUGAGGAAAUGUCAAUCCCAGCAGAAUGCAUCUUGAUGGCAGCAGGACUCAGAGCAUCACCGUCAAUGUCCCCAUGUCUAGCGCCGUUUCCAACCGGUCUUCAUCUUGGUUUUUACACGCCGUCACCAUCGGAAUAGCAGCCGCGGUACUCUUCCAGUUUGGGAAUGGGGAAUUCACAGUAACAUCCUUUUUUCUCAAGCUUUUUAUCUACGUGUCAUUCCCAUUGCUCUGUUUUUCAUUGGGAAGCGUUGGGCUCUUGGUGAAGAAAAGCCCCCCAAAAAGCAGCAGAUUUGACACUUUGAAGAUGAGGUCAACGCACUUGUCGGACUUAUUAAAUAAGCUGAUGGGCCGGUAUCCAGGCUCGCCGCCAGAGUCCCUGUCUGUCAGAAGAGUGCUGGUGUCUCACAACGUGGACAAAGCCCUCAAAGAAGUAUUUGACUACAGCUACAGGGACUAUGUCCGUCCCUGGUACAUGCCCCUGAGCCGGGACGAAGGCCAGCUGUACCAGAUGCUGUCUGAGGACUUCUGGGAGAUGGUCAGGCAGCUGAGGAGCCGCCUGGCUGCCGUGGACGUGGUUAAUGUAGUCUGCAACGACAUCGUCAAGACUCUGCACACGCACUUCUGCAACCUCAAAGCUGCCAACACCAGACAGGAGGACCCGCCCCGGCCCUUCCCCCUGCACCCGUGCCUGCGCAGCGCGGAGGCGGAGCUUCGCUUCCUGCGCAGCUGCGCCCGCCUGCUGGCGCUCUGCCUGCUGCCCCCCCGCGAUGCCCGCUCCCACAGCCUGCGUGCGGUGCUGGUGGAGAUCAUCGCCACCCAAGUGCUGAAGCCCCUGGUGGAGGUGCUCAGCGACCCCGACUACAUCAACCGCACGCUGCUGGCCCAGCUGGAGCACCGCGAGCAGGUGAGCGAGCACCACCGGAAGGCCUACACCUACGCGCCGUCCUACGAGGAGUUCAUCAAGCUCAUCAGCGGCAGCGCCGACGUGCACUUCCUCAAGCAGCUGAGGUACCAGAUAGUGGUGGAGAUCAUCCAGGCGACCACCAUCAGCAGUCUCCCUCAGCUGAAGAAGCAGAAAGAGGGCAAAGGGAAGGAGACGGCGGCCAUGAAGGCGGACCUGCUGCGCGCGCGCAACAUGAAGCGCUACAUCAACCAGCUGACCGUGGCCAAGAAGCAGUGCGAGAAGAGGAUCCGGCAGCUGGGGGGCCCCAAAUACGAGCAGCAGGAGGAGGGGGCCACAGAGGUGGAGGGGGAGGACCCUCAGAGCCAGAGGAUCAUUCAAUUUGAGGAGAUUAUGUCGAACUCCACCUUCCGAGGGCAUUUCCGUAUCUAUAUGGAGCGGGUGGACAAGAGGGCCCUGCUCAGCUUCUGGGAGCUGGUGGACAUGUUGAAGAGCGCUAACAAGAACGAAGUGCCCCAGCUGGUGGGGGAGAUCUACCAGAAGUUCUUUGUGGAGAGCCGGGAGAUCCCGGUGGAGAAGGCCCUGUACAAGGAGAUCCAGCAGACCCUGGUGGGGAACAAGGGCACGGACGUGUUCCUGAAGAUCCAGGCGGAGGUGUACGAGACCAUGAAGGAGCGCUACUACCCGUCCUUCUUGGUGAGCGACCUGUACGAGAGGCUCGUGAAGCGGGAGGAGCUGCGGCAGUCCAGCGGGGAGGACAAGGACGAGAUGGCCGUCGAGGGCAGGGAGGAGGUUCUGGACGAGGGAAGCACAGCCAUUAACGAGCAGGCCAGCUACGCCGCCAACAAGCUGCACCAGCUGUACGACAAACUGGAGUACAAGCGCAACGCCCUGGGCUCCAUACAGAACGCCCCCAAACCUGACAAAAAGAUCGUGUCCCAGCUGAAGGAGGAGAUCGCGGCGAUGGAGAGGGAGCACAGCGAUCUGCAGGAGCACAUCUCGCGCACGGACUGGUGGUGCGAGAACCUGGGCGUCUGGAGGGCCGCCAUCAGCGGCACGGAGGCCGCCGAGGAGAACGGGGAGCAGAUGGCGUGCUACGCGGUGACCGUGACCCUGCUGGGGGGCGACGAUUCGGACAGCAACCGCUGGACGGUCAGCAGGAAGCUGAGCGAGUUCCAGGCGCUGCACAGGAAGCUGACGGAGUGCUUCCCCUCCUUGAAAAAGGUCCAGCUGCCCUCCAUCAGCAAACUGCCGUUCAAGUCCGUGGACCAGAAAUUUCUGGAGAAGUCCAAAAACCAGCUCAACACCUUCCUACAGAAAAUGCUGAAGGACGAUCGAAUGUGCCAAAGCGAGGCUCUCUACGCCUUCCUCAGCCCCUCCCCCGAGCACCUCAAGGUCAUGGACAUCCAGAAGAAGUCCUCCUUCUCCCUGGCCUCCUUCCUGGAGAGGCUGCCCGGAGACUUCUUCUCUCACCAGGAGGAGGAGGGGGAGGACGACAGCGACCUGUCCGACUAUGGCGAGGAGGCGGACGGGAAGAGGGACGCCCUGGCCGAGCCCUGCUUCAUGCUCAUCGGGGAGAUCUUCGAGCUGAGGGGCAUGUUCAAGUGGGUGAGGAAGACGCUGAUUGCACUAGUCCAGGUCACGUUCGGACGGACCAUAAACAAGCAGAUUCGGGACACGGUGCACUGGAUCUUCAGCGAGCAGAUGCUGGUGUACUACAUCAACGUUUUCCGCGACGCCUUCUGGCCCGGCGGGAAGCUGGCGCCGGCCGCCGCCGCGCGGUCGGAGGCCGAGCGCCAGGAGACCAAGGAGCGGGCGCAACAGAAGCUGCUGGACAACGUCCCAGAUGCACUACAGAACCUCGUUGGACACCAGAAUGGUCGAUACGGCAUCAUCAAGGUGUUCAACGCUCUACAGGAAGUCAGUGCCAACAAGCAUCUCCUCUAUAUCCUCCUGGAGAUGUUCCUCAGAGAGCUGUGUCCUGAACUCGGUGCAGAGCUGGAGCAGACCUGAGCGGCCCGUUCCACGUCCGUUCUCCCGACAGACACUGCACAGUCUGGGCCCGUAUAACUCAAUCCAGCUCAUCGCAUUAGGAGUGCUGCUCCAGGAUCCAGGUUUUCCCCUCAACACCUCCCCGACUUCAUCCGGCCAAAAACGAUCCUAGAUCAGCACUCCUGCUCUGACUAUGUCUGAUGAAUGUGGUCCUGGGUGUGGUCUUACUGUAUAGAGAAAUCAGCGAGUUUCUUUAACCCCCCCCCCCCCCAUCCCCCCACGGAUACACCACUAUCUGAACGCACUUGAUGAUGUAACUCUCAGAAUCUGGGGCAAUGGGCUUACGACUUCAUUUGAAAGGUCCUCUGGUUCAUUUGCUGGAAAACAGAUUUAACUGCCAAUGUCUGUUGCGGAGUGCCAGUUUUUUGUUUUCGGGCCUGGGUGGGUCUUUAUUUAUUGUGAAUAGUUGUGGAAUUAUGAAUGUUGUAAGUGAAAGAUGUCCACAGACCUCUGAACAUUCCUUAAACUUUUUUUUUUUUUUUUGGUGUCCAUUAAAAGGCUUUAUUGUGCAAUACGUCAUGUAAAGUCAUUGUGACUAUUUUAUUGUUGAAUAGGAAUAGAUUUUUAUUUUUACCAAAGAUAGUUUAGAGAAUUUAUAAGCAAUAAAUUGCCAAAGCGUA